GCGCUGUCCCCCGGAGGCGUCUGGGUGUGCGGAGCGCGCGCGCGCGGCUUGGAGGCGCACCUGUGAGGUGUCCCUUGAGGAGAGGGAGGGUGGGUGCGCGGAGUCCGCGGCCUGGGGCGCUUCAACCCCUCACUUGGACGCCUCGCGUCCCAGCAGAGCCAGCCGAGCAUCCUACUCAGGUGAUGAGGAACCCUCCCGGCACCCAGCGCAGAUCGCUGCUGCCUCUGGACGCCUCCAUUGUUUGACCAUAACAAGGGCCGGAUUCUCACCCAGCAGGAUCCCGAGGCUUUUGUUGCCCUUCAGCCACUGUGGGCCCUGCCUCUGCCUCUCCUUCUGGAAUGUCUUGGGGGUUUUGACUUCUGUCACUGUGACCUGCCAAUCCAAGAGACACGCCUCUCUGGAAGAUAAGAGCUCCUUCCUCAAGAUCCAAAAAGGAGGCUGCCGGAGUGACCCCUGCAUAGGGAAUCCUCACCAGGAAGGACCGACACACCUGGACCCAAGGUGCUGGCUUCCUGGGAGGCUCCUGUCUGAUGUGCAGGAGGCAGGAUGUCACUGUGACUCUGCAAGGGGAGGCUCCUAGCGACAGAGACCGGCACGCGGUAUCGCACCCUUGGCUGCAGGGGACGCUGUGCAGGCCUUUUCCUGCAGCUGAGAAGUACGAGAUUAUUCUGCAAGAGGAAGAUUCCGGGGGCUUAAAAAGGCAAAGGUUUCUACCUUGGGAGCCCCUUGGAAUGUUGGCAGCUCAGGAUCUCAAAGAAAGUUCUGUGUUAACGAGUUACAGAGUGCACGUGGAAGUAAAGGUCACUUUCUAAUCAAUAAUAAUACCGAGUGAGGAGCACUAUGCAGGGAGAAACCUUCCAUAGAAAGCCAGGCAGGGAAAAGCUUAGGCCGACCUUAAACCUCCCGAACAGAGCCAGCCUGAGAUAAACACCAACAUGGCCAAGUGAGAGACUCUGUGAAAUAGCAGCCCUGUAACUGUAGUAGUUGUGAGGAAACCUUCUCCGCUAAAUCACGAUACCAAAUAGGAAACAUGAUCUACAAGUGCCCCAUGUGUAGGGAAUUCUUCUCUGAGAGAGCAGAUCUCUUUAUGCAUCAGAAAGUUCACACUGCUGAGAAGCCCCAUAAGUGUGACAAGUGCGACAAGGGUUUCUUUCAUCUGUCAGAGCUCCAUAUCCAUUGGAGAGACCACACGGGAGAGAAGGCGUAUAAAUGUGAUGAUUGCGGGAAGGACUUUAGCACCACGACAAAGCUCAAUAGACACAAGAAAAUCCACACGGUGGAGAAGCCCUAUAAAUGCUACGAGUGCGGCAAAGCCUUCAACUGGAGCUCACAUCUUCAGAUUCACAUGAGAGUUCACACAGGUGAGAAACCCUAUGUCUGUAGUGAGUGUGGAAGGGGCUUUAGCAAUAGUUCAAACCUCUGCAUGCAUCAGAGAGUCCACACCGGAGAGAAGCCCUUUAAAUGUGAAGAGUGCGGGAAGGCCUUCAGGCACACUUCUAGCCUCUGCAUGCAUCAGAGAGUCCACACAGGAGAGAAGCCCUAUAAAUGCUAUGAGUGUGGGAAGGCCUUCAGCCAGAGCUCGAGCCUCUGCAUCCAUCAGAGAGUGCACACCGGGGAGAAGCCCUAUAGAUGCUGUGGGUGUGGGAAGGCCUUCAGCCAGAGCUCGAGCCUCUGCAUCCACCAGAGAGUGCACACGGGGGAGAAACCUUUCAAAUGUGAUGAGUGUGGGAAGGCCUUCAGUCAGAGCACCAGCCUCUGCAUCCACCAGAGAGUGCACACAAAGGAGAGAAACCAUCUCAAAAUAUCAGUUAUAUAAAGCGUUUUGCUAAGAGAGAAAAAUCUUAAAACCCGUAAGUGCCACUAGGAAGGAAAACCCUGUAUAUACCUACAUUGACCCAAGAAAUUUUUACAGCAAGCCCCAGCAGAACAUUGUUUUCCAAGAGGCACGUGUGAGGUUGAUUUUUUGGAUUCAUGCCAAGUGUGUUCCAUAGCUUGACUUUGAAUCUGGAAUCCCUCCCUCCGCGUGUUUGCCCAGGACAGGCUGUGAGGUCCCAGUCGCGGGUGUGCGUUUCCUGGGAUUCUGGCGCGAUGCCUCCGUAGUUGAAACACUACACAGGAAACCAUGACCCUUGCCCAGCCUCCUGAGUCACCUUCUGUCUACGCUUUACCUAAAAGUUACCCCAGAUACUCCCCUGUUUCGGGAGCUCAUGACCUUCCUUCUCUUGAUCCAAGCAUACUGGUGAAUGCAUUUGAAAACGGCCAGCUCCCAUGAAGUCGCGUUCUGGUAUUUCUGAGGUUACCACUCAAUUCAGCCUCUACGUAUCUGUCCAUAUAUCCCGUUACUUCUGAACUCAUUUUACCUGUAUAUCCUCAAAAUGCCCAUAAAUAUCCACCCCUUCCUAGAUGGCAUUAAAUUUUAUUUUAGAUUUUAGGUGACUCAUAAUUUCCAUUUACUUUGUCUGUUGGCGAAAUCAUUGACAGACAUACAUGCCCUUGAACUUUUCUUUAAUUUUGUGAAUUCUGCUAAUCACUGUGUCUCUACGUUAGUCAGACUUAAUUUUCUAGUGGCUACGUAUCACAUAUUUUUAACUUGAAUUUUUUUGGAAAUAGCUGAAUGUAAAUAGGGAGGAAGAAGCAAGCAAAGUUAGAACUUUUCUCCAUCCAGAAUCGCCCUCUCAGGCUCCUUUGGUAACCAGGGGAGCCCCUUACUAGCUUGGGGAGACCAUAGGAGGAGCGGAUGGUAGGAGGCCUCACCAAUAAUAGUCUCUGAUUCUGUGAUUUUGGGGCAAUAAUGUGUAGGAGUCCUCGAUACCUUUUCAUUGAGGAUUACAUAUCAGUUCCUUUGUAGGCGUGAACUUUCUUCAUUCAUUCAACAAGUAUUUAUUGAACACCACCUACGUGCCGGGCACUGUGCCAGGUACCGGGAAUAUCACUGAGUAAGACAGACAAGGGCCCUACUCUUGUGGCGUUGACUUCUGGUGGAGGAGACAGAUGAUAAGCAAGUAAACAAAUAAAUAAUGUAGUUUGAGGUAGUGAUUAAGUGAUAACGGAGAAAAUAACCUAGGGUGAUGAUUUAGAGCAG